AGAGAGAAUAUCAAACGCCUCGACUCAAGAGCAGAAAAAAGCGUUUUCUUGUUGGCUAAGUCUAAGAGAGAAGAAAAAAAUAAAGAAAAAAGCAAAAAGAAAAUGGCGUCGUCGUCGGAAGCUGAAGGACAGGUUAUCGGUUGCCACACCAUUGAUGCCUGGAACGAACACAUUCAGAAGGGAAAUGACAACAAGAAACUGAUAGUUGUGGAUUUCACUGCUUCCUGGUGUGGACCUUGCCGUUUCAUUGCUCCAUUUUUUGCUGAACUUGCAAAGAAAUUCCCCAAUGUCACCUUCCUCAAGGUGGAUGUGGAUGAAUUGAAGUCAGUUGCUCAGGACUGGGCAGUGGAAGCCAUGCCAACUUUCAUCUUCCUGAAAGAAGGGAAGAUUUUGGAUAGGGUUCUCGGGGCAAAGAAAGAAGAGCUUCAGCAAACCAUAGCCAAGCAUCUCGAGCCAGUAACCAGCGCCUAAAAAUAUUUUACUAUUUUUAAGUCUUGCAAAACAAACCUUGAUAUUUUCUGUCUCAUGCUGCUCACAUAAGUGGAACUCUCAAGAAAAUUCUACAAUGUCAUGCUGGAGACAUUCAAUGCAUAAAAAAAAAAAAAAAAAAAA